CCAUGCGUGUCAUUCCAGGAGGAGAGUAUCUGUGCUUUGUACCAGAGAAGAGUGCGGUCUGCGCCCGGUGGUGGGCGUCUACCCUCACAGGAAGAAGAGGAUUCUGGGAGGGCGGGUGUCGCGGCGGGGGUCGUGGCCUUGGCAGUGCUCACUGCAGAGCGGUCAGAGCGGCCACGUCUGCGGCUGCGUGCUCAUCGCCCGGCGGUGGGCUCUAACGGUCGCACACUGCUUCGAGGGGAGGGAGAGUGCCGACCUGUGGAAGGUGGUGUUGGGUCUGAACAACCUUGACCAUCCAGGAGUUCACAGUCAGACCCGCGGGGUGCGCUCCAUCAUCGUACACCCGCGCUACAACCGGGCGGUGGUCGACUACGACAUCAGCGUGGUUCAGCUGGACUCUGAGAUCGAGGAGACGGAGUACGUCCGGCCGGUGUGUCUGCCGGACCUCGACCAGCUCCCCUCCCCGGACUCCUACUGUUACAUCACAGGCUGGGGUCACAUGGGCAACCGGAUGCCCUUUAAGCUGCAGGAAGGGGAGGUUCGGAUCAUCUCGCUGUCUCAGUGUCAGUCUUACUUCGACAUGAAGACCAUCACUCCCAGGAUGCUUUGUGCCGGUUACGAUGCUGGAACCGUGGACUCCUGCAUGGGCGACAGCGGCGGCCCGUUGGUGUGCGAGCAGGAGGACGGCGGCGGUCGCUGGACGCUGUUCGGCCUGACGUCGUGGGGCAGCGUGUGCUUCAGUAAAGUGCUCGGACCCGGCGUGUACAGCAACGUGACGCACUUCACCCCCUGGAUCCAACAACAGAUCUACAUCCACACCUACCUGAGCGACUGACACACACGCACCCGACACUUCCUGCUCCAAGCAUUCCAGGAGGAAGUGACGUCAUCGUCAAUCUCACACACCUUCAGUUCCUCUACCUGUGCCUAUAUACUGAUAGCCUUCAGAUGCUAACUGCUGUACGAGCAGUAGUAUAAACUAGUAUUACAGAUGCUAACUAGUUAGCUAGUAGAGCUGUUGUUGUCACAUUCAUACGAUUAACAUUCACUUAACACUAAAUUAUUAUUAUUUUUAGUGUUUGUUGCUCAGAAACACGUAUGGAAGCAAAAACAGGCCGUAAGAGUUUGUAUCUAAUAAACAACUAGCGUACUAGCUAACUGCAAACUUUAACCACUACUGAAUGUUGAAAUCUAAAUAUCGAUUUAUUUGUAGCAUUUAAAUAUUUGACUCUGAAUUUACGUUGUCUGAAUUCUGCACUUUGAGAUUUUAGGUAAUUUAAUAUCAAAGGCUUAAAGUAGCCUAAACUAUCUUGCUAAUCUACAUCAAUCAUAACAUUAAGAUGGGCUAUAUAUAAGUCACUUUUAUUUUUUCAACAUAGAUUAGCCUAGCACAUAGAAUAUCUAAGUACAGUUAUUGGAGAAAAGGGCAAUAAGGAGCGGGGCUAAGGGUCAAUUAUAUGUUUUUUAAUUAAUUUUAAAAAUUAGAAGCAAAUUUUUUUAAAUAAGAAAAUAAUGUGAGUUAAACAAAACCUUUAAAACUGCAAAACAUUUAAUUUUCUACUUUCUGAACGCCUCAUAAAUCCUGACAGAUGGUUUACAGAGGGAAAUAUUUCAAAGCCAUAAACUCAGUGGUAUUCCUUAAACACAAAGUGUCCAGUAGUGGUUGUUGUGGUUUAAUUUAAAUUAUUAUGGCCUUUAUUUGCUUCCGUAAACGUGCCACUUGUUCUUGAUUUAAGGUUUUUACUUUACGUGUAGUUUAGUGGCAGCAGUGACUCAGAGAAACCUUCUGAUCAAACUUUAUCAGGAAGAUCUUUAUUAUUAUAAACAGGCUUCAUUAAUACAACUGAGCUCAGUGUUGUGUGUGUGUGUGUGUGUUAAACUCACACACUUUAUUUCCACAUCAUCUCAUCUUCUGCUUUAAGUGUUAAAACCUUUAAUCAUCAUAAAAAACAUUGUCACAACGUUCAGGCGUUCAGCACUGAAUUUAUAAAAGCUGCUAACUAAAACAAACCAGUUGAGCUCUCAACUUCCCACAAUGCUUCACUCUAUAGUGCCUGUACUUAAACUUAGCAGUAAAAAAACAACCUUGUUACCUGUACAAUGUCGUACUGUAUGUGUGUGUGUGUGUGUGUGUGUGUGUGAUACAGAGAGAGAGGAUUUUUUUGCUUCUAAACACAUCGGCAACUUAUUUGGGCAACUUUGAUGGACAACAGUUGUCAGUGAGCUUCAUUCACACAGUGUUUGAUUCACAUUUACACUUUUAAAUGUGAAAUAUGAGCAUAAGAGACAGAAAGCAGUCGUACAGUAUAUUCUUUCAUCUUGUGCUGUUAUGUUUUAUGCUAAAAUUAAAUAUAAUUUAACAUAAGAACAUGAGAUAAUCGCUCCUUUUAGGAUUUCAGAGGCUCCAUACUUCAACCAGAAUAUAAAUCAUAUCAAUAAAGUCAAAAUAAAAACAGAUUAAAAACAAAGUGUGAAGCAAAACUGCAGCAUAUUGCUAACAGAGAUAACUGAUUAUGGUUGAUUCGUGAUGCUAGAGUAGCUAUUAAUUUACAAACCAACUGUAGUUUUAAAAUAAACUGUUUUAGAUAACGAGCUAUUGCUUAAGUUAGCUCACUAACACAAAUACUGCCACAUUAGCGCCAGCUAGAGUGUGAAGCACAAAUGUAGCAUUUAGCCGAUAUAGAUACUUAAUAUGUUUGAUUUUAUUAAUGCAGGACGCUGAAUUAGCUUUAGAUAUGUAUGUGAUUCAGUUGUGUCACGUGAACAGUUUUAACUAGAAACUAUAGCUAACUAGCAGAGAACAGUAGCUAGCUGUCAGAUUUGUGAGGAUGUAAUAAAUCAGCUAACUGCUAAAGUGAGUUAACUCCACUGACUGUAGAGUUUUAUAAUUUUUAGCUUCUUAUUUCAGAUGAUGGAGUCUUGGAUCUUUGCAACUGUUGUGAUUAAUUAAAUCAAUAUUUGUGACCACAUUUAUGCUUUAAACAUGAAGACAUGAGAUAAUAGCUCCUUUUGGGACUUCAGAGGCUCGAUAUUUCAACCAGAUUUUAAAACUCAAUCAUAUAAAUCAUCAAAUAAGUGGAAUCAAAAUAAAGCGGAAAAAAAUAUUGUGUGAAACAAAGAGGCAAAUUGCUAACACGGUUGACUGAUUACUGCUGAUUCAUGAUGCUAUCAAAUGCUAACAGAGCAGCUUUAGCUAUUAAUUUACAAACCAACUGUAGUUUUAAAAUAAACAGUUUUAGCUAACGAGCUAUUGCUCCAGUUAGCUCACUAACACAAAUACUGCCACAUUAGCGCCAGCUAGAGUGUGAAGCACAAAUGUAGCAUUUAACCAAUAUAGACAAUUAAUUAAUGUGUUUCAUAAAGUUGGCAACAUUUAGCAGGAAGCUACGUUAUCUUUUGCUAUGUAUGUGUGAACCAAUUUGAUUCAGUUGUGUAAUUUCAACAGCGAGGUAGACGCUAUAGCUAACUAGCUGGCUCAGCUAACUGUCCAAUUAGUGACAAUGUGUGGAAUAAUCAGCGAACUGCUAAAGUCAGCUAACAUUUUGAAAGAGUUGGUCCGGACUUAUUUAAUUGAAACUGAGUUGAGAACAUUUAGCUGGUUCAGUUACAGUUAAUUAAAUCAUUAUUCGUUACCACAUUAUUCUUUUAAGCUAACGGUUUAAAGUGAAUCUGUUCGGGGCCUGGCAGGUGUUAAUAAAGAAAAGAAAACAGUUUGUGCCACAAACUUUAAUUAAACACUAGUUUUAUUUAGUUUUUAAUAUGUUUAAUAGACGUCAAUUUAAUUUACAUUUAAUUCAGUUCUUUGACAACCAAAUAUGUUUACAUUUUUUAAUUUCAAUUAAACUUUUUAUUAGUUUUUUCCUUCAUGACACCUGCCCGACUCUGUAGGUUUGUAAAAAUGCAGAAUGGAGGAAUUAUUCUUGAAUUAUUCGAUUAGAAAAAGUGUCCAUUUAAAAGCCAGAAUUCCUUAUUCCAGAGAUUGCCCAACAGAUUGCCCAACAGAUUGCCCGGUGUACCCUCCAUGCUCACGUCUAACUGACAUCCAGAACAUUCCAAGUGGUUGUUGUUGUUGUUGUUGUUGCUGUUGUUGUUUUUGUGUGUUUGGUUUUUUAAGAGUAUUUUUCUACAGCUUUUUGUAAGUCAUGCUUAUUACACAGGGCUGUUGGUGUGUGUAUGUGUGAGUGUGUGUGAGUGUGUGUGUGUGAGUGUGAACAUACACACGUAUGUUUGUAUGUGAUUUGACUCGUGUGCGUGAUGUCACUUCCUGAUUUAGCUGUUUUGUUAUCAUGAUGAUGAUGAUGAUGAAGAGUGUUAAUUAUAUGGAUUUAAAUGCUUUAUGGACAGACUGUAGCCUCUGAUGUUUUGUGUAAACCGUGAAUAUUUGGUUUGUAUCACCUCGUAUCCCACAAAUAAAACUAUACACACUCUG